ACUUUUAUUAUUACGAUGAGUCUUACGAGCUUUCUUCUCGGAUUCGGAGAAGCAAGAAGAUGUUCAAGAACACGUUUCAGUCUGGGUUUCUGUCUAUUUUGUACAGUCUAGGAAGCAAGCCUCUGCAGAUAUGGGAUAAAGAAGUUGUGGAUGGGCAUGUGAAGCGUUGCCAUGAUGAUGAUAUUCAAUCCAAUGUGCUUGAAGUAGCUGGAUCAAACAUCCAGUCUACAUAUAUUACAUGUCCUGCUGAUCUUUCCGCAACUCUUGGUAUCAAACUUCCUUUUUUGGUCUUGGUGGUGAAGAAUAUGAAGAAAUAUUUCUCAUUCGAGAUUCAGAUUCUGGAUGACAAGAAUGUUCGCCGCCGUUUCCGCGCUUCUAACUUUCAAGCCGUCACUAGAGUAAAGCCAUAUAUUUGCACAAUGCCACUGAAGAUGGACGAGGGAUGGAAUCAAAUCCAGCUUAACUUAGCUGAUCUUACUAGGAGAGCUUAUGGAACUAAUUAUGCUGAGACAUUGCGAGUUCAGAUUCAUGCUAACUGCCGCCUUAGGCGCAUAUAUUUUGCUGACCGUCUCUACUCAGAAGAGGAGCUUCCUCCGGAAUUCAAGCUGUAUCUCCCAGUGCAGUGGUAUGCAGGAAAUCUACUGUUAGUGUUGACUAUUUCAGCUAGACCAAGAGCGUCUAAAUUAGGUGAUAGUUUCAGUGUCGCUUGUAGCAUCCAUGGAACUUGGAGUUUGCCAUACCUUGGGCAUGCUUUAACUUCACCGUGCUAAACUCUUCCUGUAAUGGGAUCAUAUUCUCUUUUAAGAUUUUCAAUGAUAUAUUGUACAUGAUCUUGGGUCAAUGCAGACAAGUAACAUACAUGCUUUUGAGUCACAUGAUGGCACCCUCUUAUUGUAUUGAUUUGCAGAAAUAAUCAUUCUAGCUAGUU